AUGGAGGCCUGGAGGGGAAAGGCACACGCCCUGAAACAAAGGCAAGUCUUGACAUUCUUUGUUUUGAUGGGCAUAGCUCAGGGUGCUUCGGAGCCUGGGCGCUAUUCGGUGGCCGAGGAAACUGAGAGUGGCUCUUUUGUGGCCAAUGUGUUAAAAGACCUGGGGCUGGAGGUAGGAGAACUGGCUGCGCGGGGGGCCCAGAUCAUUUCCAAAGGGAAAAAAAUAGGUUUGCGGUUGGACAGGCAGACCGGGGAUUUGCUAUUAAGUGAGAAGCUGGACCGGGAGGCAUUGUGCGGCCCCACGGAGCCCUGUGUGCUGCCUUUGCAGGUACUACUGGAAAAACCCUUGCAGUUUUUUCAGGCCGAGCUGCGCAUUAGGGAUAUAAAUGAUCACUCUCCCGUUUUUCUGGACAAGGAAAUCAUUUUGAAAAUCCCAGAGAGUCUGUCUCCUGGAACUACUUUCCUAAUAGAAGGUGCCCAGGACUCAGACAUAGGAAGUAAUGGUCUCCAAAACUACACCAUCAGCCCCAAUUUCCACUUCCACCUGAAGCUACAAGCGAGCCCCGAUGGCAUGAUGCUGCCGCCUCAGCUGGUGCUGGACAAAGCCCUGGAUCGCGAGGAGGAGGCUGAGAUCAGGUUGAUUCUCACAGCUCUGGACGGCGGGACGCCAUCCAGGUCUGGCACCGCCCUGGUCCGCAUAGAAGUCCUAGACAUCAAUGACAAUGCCCCUGAGUUCACACAGAUGCUCUAUGAGGUGCAAGUGCCAGAGAACAGCCCCGUGGGCUCCCAGGUGGCCACUGUUCUCGCUAGGGAUUUAGACGAUGGAGCCUAUGGAGAAAUAUCUUACGUAUUUUCCCAAGCCUCUGAGGAUGUUCGCAAAACAUUUCAAAUAAAAGAAAAGUCCGGUGAGCUCAUUCUAAACCAGGAACUGGAUUUCGAAUCAAUCAAGACUUACACAGUCACGAUUCAGGCCACUGACGGUGGAGGACUCUCCGGAAGUUGCGUGGUACAUGUUCAGGUGAUGGAUUUGAAUGACAACCCUCCAGAACUGACCAUCUCCACACUCAUUACUCAGAUCCCAGAAAACUCGGAGGAGACUGUGGUGGCUGUGUUCAGCGUUUCAGAUCCUGACUCGGGAGACAACGGAAGAAUCGUGUGCUCCAUCCAAGAUGAUGUGCCUUUCUUCCUGAAACCGUCUGUGGAGAACUUCUACACUCUCGUGGCAAACGCAGCACUGGACAGGGAGGCCAGGGCUCAGUACACCAUCACCAUCACCAUCUCAGACCUGGGCACGCCCAGGCUGCAGAGCCAGCACAACGUGACAGUGCACGUGUCCGACGUCAACGACAACGCGCCCACCUUCAGCCAGGCCCUGUACACUCUGUUCGUGCUGGAGAACAACAGCCCCGCGCUGCACAUCGGCAGCGUGAGCGCCAGCGACAGAGACGCGGGCACCAACGCCCAGCUCACCUACUCGCUGCUCACACAAGACCAGCAGGUGGACGUGGGCGCGCUGGUGGCCCUGGACGCGGCGAGCGGGCAGCUGUUCGCGCUGCGCGCGCUCGACUACGAGACCCUGCGCGCCUUCGAGUUCGGCGUGCGCGCGUCGGACGGCGGGUCUCCGGCGCUGAGCGGCGAGGCGCGCGUGCGCGUGGUGCUGCGCGACGCCAACGACCACGCGCCGCGCGUGCUGUACCCGCCGCGCAACGGCUCUGCGGCGGGCGCGUGCCCCGAGCUGGUGCCGCGCGGCGCCGAGGCGGGCUACGUGGUGAGCAAGGUGGUGGCGGUGGACGGCGACUCGGGCCGCAACGCGUGGCUGUCGUACGAGCUGCUGCAGGCCACGGAGCCCGGGCUGUUCGGCGUGUGGGCGCACAGCGGCGAGGUGCGCACGGCGCGGCCUGUGAGCGAGCGCGACGCGCCGCAGCAGCGGCUGCUGGUGCAGGUGCGCGACCACGGCGAGCCGCCGCUCUCGGCCAGCGUGGCGCUGCACGUGCUGCUGGUGGACGGCUUCUCGCAGCCCUACCUGCCGCGGCCCGACGCGCCGGAGGGGCAGGCGGGGCAGGCGGGGCAGGCGGGUGUGGGGGGUUUGGGGGGCGAGGCUGGGCAGGCGGAGGCGCUGACGGUGUCGCUGGUGGUGGCGCUGGCGGCGGUGUCUUCUCUGUUCUUGGCGUCUGUGUUGGCGCUGGUGGCCGCGCGGCUGUGUGGGCGCGGCGGGGCCGGGGCUGGGGCUGUGGCGGUGGGGUCAGGGUGUGGGGUGUCUGUGGCCGAGGGCCGCUUCUUCCCUGCCGGGGCUGGGUGUGGUGGUGUGGGUCCUCUGGUGGACGUGGGCGGGGCGGGGACGCUGUCGCAGAGCUACCAGUAUGAGGUGUGUGUGAGUGGAGGGAGUGGGACUGGUGAGUUCAAGUUCAUGAAGCCGAUUAUUCCCAGCUUGCUGGUUCAUGAUUCAGUGAGGGUUGAUGAAGCAAACCCUAGUUUCAGGGAUAGUUUUGAAUAUAAUUAA